UUUGCCAGAGAGAUACUGUUGGAAAGCUGUUACAGCAUUAAGGUGCCAUCUGCUGGAACUGUCUAUGAUUACUUCAUUAAUCCAGCAGAGGGAAUCCUUGAGAAGUUGAACCAAUCCUUUCUGAAGGAAAGAAUGAAACCACUUCCACCAGGCUGCACAGCUGUUCCUGAGUAUGAGAGAUAUGUCUACUUGGUAGAUGUACUGCUACACUCUGGACAGCCAGCCAUGUUAGUUGGAGAAUCAGGAGUCGGAAAAACCACCCUCUGCCAGGCCCUACUCCGACGUAAUCAACCACACCUCCGCCUUCCCAUCAGCCCCUGCUUUGGGGCAGCUUACCUGCGCAGUGUGCUGGAAAGCAGAGGGUGCCCAAACCCCAAGCCCUCCCCAGCUUACGCUUCCCACUAUGGAACCAAGAAUCCAAGCCUACAACUUUUUAUCGAUGACAUCCAUGCAGCUUCCUGUGAUGCAGUUUCAAAAGUGACCCCUGUGCUGGAGACCUUGCGGCAGUGUAUGACUAUGGGUGGGGUUCCUAGUCCUAAUGGUCUUCACUUCAGGCUGUUUAACUCUGGAGCUCUCAAUUACCUGGUUACCUGUACGACACCCAUACAGGGCACUGAUAGAAGCUGCAUUUCUUCUCGCCUCUCCCGACUCUUUUCUGUACUAGCAUUGCCCUGUCCGACCAAUGAACUGCUGGUAUCUAUAUAUUCUUCCAGGAUACAGCUUUGGCUUAAGGACUUCCCAGCGGUUGCUAAGUUCCAGGUGUCGGAAUUAAGCAUCUGCAUCAUUGAAGCAACCUUUGACCUCUACACUGCAGUCAAAGAGCGCUUCCAGUCAUCUACAGACAAGCCCUACCUUCUGUUCUUCUUCAGUGAUAUUGAGAAGGUGUUCAAUGGCAUGUUCCUGAUGGCACCUCGUGCUACACAGCCACUUAGUGUCAAUUUUAACCCCACUAUACAAGUACACAACUCCACAACAACUGCUUUCACUAUUGCUCGUCUGUGGAUACAUGAAUCAUUUCGCACCUUUGGAGACCGUCUCUCAAAGGAGCAUGAAAUGGGGCUUCUAGCCUGUCUGUUGGCAGAUGUUUCAAAAAAAUAUUUCUACUGCAAGGGUGUUGUUUCUCUGGCUGCAGAACAGCACGAAAGGCCUACUAGACCCAAAGAGCAUCAGCCUAGCACCCCUCAAUCCAAGGAGGCAACCAGUGAAAGAUCUGGGAAACCUGCUAAGGGCCAGCUGCCACUGUCAGAACAUGAAGAGCCCUCUUCCCAAGAACAUUACCCAGAUUCUGGCUUUCAGCAAGAUGUAUCAGCAAAUGUCCUUGAAGAGGCCUCAACAAUCAAGCGACUCACAGCGUCAUCACAGAGGACAGGGGGUGUAAAGGGUGUUGAUUCAUCAGACGAACAAGGCAACCCAAGUCUGGAGAAUCCGCAGGAGCCUGAGGAAUGCACCUGGGAGAAAGAGAGUGAAGGGGAAAUUAGGAAUAACUUCUCCACAAGGGCUUUAGAAGGUCUUAAAGAGCAGAAACAUGAAAGGGAUAAAGACUCUGAGAACUGUGAUUCCUCAGAGCUGAAAGAACCAAUGAUGGCAGCUGAGACCUCAAGACAACGUUCAGAGGUGUCAGAGAGUGUUCCAGCACCAUUGCUGCUUCUACAGCCUUUUCAUUCUAAACAGGAGAAGCCACAUGGGACAGACCCCUUAUAUGGGAAAAAUUCACCUGCACUGUCUAGGAGAGGUAAAAAGGGAAAAGAGUUUAAAUCAGGUGUUGUCCCUCAGGUACAGAGCCAGGGACCCAAGGGUCCUUUUGUCCCUCUGCAUUUACUACAGGGUAUUGAAACUACAUUAGAAGGUAUCAUAUUUAGCUCAGAUCUUUAUAACUCUCCUGUUCAGCAGAACCUAGGCAGCCUAAAAAAGAGCCUAUACCAGGAGAAAGAUCUUGGUGCCUUUGCUAAGCAGCUCUCUGCUGCAAUCCAGUGGCGACAGCAAGACGGAGGUAAAGGUUCUGUGCCCAUACCUGAGUUUGCCAUUUGCAGGGAAGGAGUAUGCCAGCUGGCCCAUAUUUACAGGGCAUUGCUUCUACCUGGAGGUCAUGCAGCCCUGUUUGGGCUGAGCCAUGCUACAGGACGACAAACCGUAGCACGAAUGGCUGUCCACCUCACCAGCUCACAACUGUUCGAGGUUAAACCUGGUGGCACCUUGGAGGAGAGAUCAGAGGUCAGGAAUGUGCUGAAGGAUGCCAGCUUCAAUGCAGGGAUCCUUGGAGAAAGUACAGUUAUUCUGGUGCAUGAGGGGAUAGGUGGACCAGCCAUAGAUGACUUGCUGGCUGUGAUGGCAGAAGGUACCUUUCCAGGGCUCUACACUAAGCAUGAGCUGAGUGACGUGGUUCAAAAACUCACAGCAGCAACCAGGAAUACAAGGAGGGAACUUAAACCGGAGCAGCUGCUAGAAAGGUAUUACAGGCAAGUGCAAAGGAAUCUGCAUGUGCUGCUGCUGCUGUCAGUGAUCCAGGAAAGGGGAGAGAAUGACGGGUCCCAAAAGACAGCACAGCCUUCUCCAUCUUCCAUGGCCAGACUGCUAAAGCUAUGCUGCUCUGUGGAGAUUUACCAGUCCUGGUCAAUUGAGUCUCUCACAGAGGUGGCUUCCUCCCGUCUGCUGGGAAAUAAUCUCCCACCUGGGCAGGAGAGCAAAGACACAGAUAUGUGUUCACUGACUGAUAUCACAAGAACAAUGGCCUGGAUCCACCAAUCAUCUUUGAGAUAUGCUGCCCACCUUACCCCGAAGCUGUCUUUCUUUAGCCUCCAGACGUUCCUUGACUUCAUUGACAGAUUCCACACAAUCUCUGCACAGCUGUCACAAAACAGGGACAGGGCACAAAGGUUGAGAACAGCGCUAGCCAGACUAAAUGAGUCAAUUUUUACUGCUGAGAAAUACAGAGUGGUGGUGGAGUCCUUGAGACAACAGUUCGCUGUGGCUUUACAGCUGCAAGAACAGUAUCAGCAAGAGAUGGCUUCUGAGAAGGCCAAUUACAGGCAAGCAAGGCUGCGUUCUCUUCAAGUAGAGAAUGUCUUGUCCCAGCUGUAUGAGCAGUUGGAGCAGACUCAGGCAGAGACUACGGUGGCUGCCAAUGAGGUUAGUCCCAUGUACCAGGCUGCACUGAAUGCCCUACAGUCCUUAAAAGUGCAGCAUGUGGAGGAGAUCCGGUCUUACCGUGUUCCACCUGAAAAGGUCUGCCUUGUGACAGAUGCGCUGUGUUUGAUGUUUGGAAAGCCCAUGAACUGGGAGAGUACAAAGCAGCUGAUUGGACAGAACAAUUUCUUCCAGAACCUGGAAUUCUAUGACAAGUGCAACAUUCCAAAUGCUCUUUUAGAAGCACUGGGAAAGUUUAUAAACAAUCCUGAAUUCAAGCCGGAAGUGAUUCGGGACAUAAGUCAACCUGCCGAGGCGCUCUGUCUCUGGGUUUGUGCGGUUUACCAGUAUGGCUGCCUGUUGCGCCAAAAGGCCCAAAAGCUUGCCCGUCUACAUAAGACUGAGAAACUGAUAGCAGAGACCAGGGCAAAGCUGAACAAGGAGAGGAUGCUGGAGGAGACAGCAAGGGAGAGUUUUGAGGAGGCAGGGAGACUGCUCGACAAAGCAUCCCAGCAUCUCGAGGAGCUAACUCAAAAACAACAGCAAGCAGAGAUCAGAGAGCAGGGUGUUCAGCAUGCUGCCCAGUUGGUGAAGGGGUACAUCAUAGACUGGACGGCCAAGGCAGAGGAAGCUGAACAACACCUUUACACAGUCCAGGGGGAUGCUCUGCUCCUGGCCGCUGCUGCAUCCUAUCUGGGCCCUUUCAAGCCAAGUGUCCGGAAGGAGCUUUUAUGGAAGUGGAAGAAGCUCUGCAGGAGAGGGGAGAUCAACCUAAACCCUGAGGAUCCACGACAAGAGAUAUUCAACCUAGCUGUGCCCCCUAUGAUUGAUGUUCCUGCUGCUGCCUCCAUCAUCCCAGUGAGAGAGGAAAUCCCCCUGUCCAAGAUCGGGGGGAGGAGAGAUAAUAUUCCUCAAGACCUCUCUGACAGGCUCAUCGUACAGCUACUUCUCAGGAGCUCCACCCACCUCAAUGUGCGACAGUGGCCUCUGCUUGUUAACUCUGACCUGCAAGGGGAAUGCUGUAUAGAGGCAGCUCUGAAAGGAUACAAACCACACCUAAAGACAGACCGUGUGCUGACAGGUGAGGGACAGAACCUUCUGCAACAGACCCCCAGUCCUGUGCAAGAGAGAUUCCCAGAUACAUUGCUGGUGGUCACUGCUGAUGAUCCAACCCUGGAUCAGAAACUACUUCAAGGAGCUAACCAAGGACAGGCAGUGCUUGUGACCAGCAUUGAGAGAGGGGCACACUCCCUUUUGCUACAGGAGUUGAUUCAGAGACAAGCAUGUCCAGGCUCCAUUAGAGAGGCUUGUAAUGUCCAUCCAGCUUUCUGCCUAUACUUAAGCACUUCACUUCCAAUGAGGGUCCUUGCAGAAGAAUUGGAUUCCGCCUUUUUGAAGAUGGUGAAUGUGAUUGACAUCAGUUUAAGUCAGUCAGGAUUAGAAGACCUUAUCCUUAAAGAGGUAGUAUUGUCAGAAUGCCCAGAGAUCUGGGAGAAGAGGAGGACAAUGCAGAGAGACAUAAUGCAGCAACAGGACAGCCUGCAGCAGGCAGAGGAUUCCCUGAUGGAUUACAUCAUUCAGUCCUCUACACCCCUCUUGAAGGACCCUAACUUUGUUCUUCAUGUAAAAGACUGCCAGAAGAGGGUGGAGGCCAUGCACAUGGAUCUGCAAGAGCUAACAGCGAAGGUGCAAGAGCACACAAUUCUCCUGAAGGAAUAUGAGAAAGUAGCAAAACUGGGGGUUGCCCUGCGACAAGCCUUGCAGGAGGUAUCCAAGCUCUCACCUCUUUACCUCUUCCCUCUAAAGCCCUUUGUGGAUACAGUGAAGAGGGCAAUGGUCCAAGGCGAGGUGAAGACAUUGCGCAGGGUUUGGGGAGAGGCCACUGUGGCCAGACUGACAGAGAUCACCCACAGGAUAGUAGCUCAGGUUCUGGACAGCUACCGACCAUGUCUAUUCCAGAGCCAUGCAAGCCUCUUCCAGUUGUUAGUCUCAGUGGCACUGAUAAUGCACAGUGGGGACUGCACUACUGUGGAGUGGCGGGUCUUUUUAAAAGGGUUGAAGGACAUAGCCAAUUCACCAAACCUCCCUUCUCUUCCGAAAUUGCCCUUGUGCUGGCUAAGUGAAAAUGCUUGGAGGGAAAUUGCCCUUCUGGAACAUCUGCCUGCCUUCAAGGGUAUUGGGUCGUCUCUACUUUGCAAUGCCAGCCAAUGGCAGGAGUACUUCAAGCUUCCCUAUUCCACUGUGAUAGGAUCAGUCCCUUGCCCCUCACAUGCCCAUCUCUCUGCCCUCCAGAGGGCAUUGCUAUGGAAGACAUUGUGUCCUGAUAGAUUUGUGACUGUCGCUGACGACUUAGCUGCCUGCCAGCUGGGCAAAGCUAUGGCAGUUGAAGAAUCCGGGUGCAUGGAUGUGUCUGCUAGGAUCCUGACCCAGGCUGCGGUGCCAGUUGUGUUUCUAAUGCCAGGCCAGGGACAGAUGGGUCCGUCCACACACCCUCUGUACUUGGUUAAGCAGAUGGCAAGGGCGAGUGGCACUGAGGUGAGUAUCAGAGUGAUUUCAUUUGGUGCCCAAAUCACUAGAGAGAUGCUCCUGCAGACGCUAGAGACAAGUAGCAGGGAUGGGCAUUGGCUGGUGUUGGAUAACUGUCACCUCUUGGACCACUGGGACAGUGAAGUGAUCCGUGAGCUGACUCAUCUGGUGUGCCAUUCAUCUCAAGGCAAUUGGAAAGAAGUCUCGGAUGCUGCAAUAAACAACGCUCCAGUAGCCUCCAAGUCUGGUGGAAGACAGGUCCACCCCCAGUUUAGACUGUGGCUCAUCACGUGUGCUGACACCCCACAUGCCAUCCCAGUGGUUUUGAAAGGGUGUGCCAUGAAGUUGGCCUGCGACUCUCCUUGGGACCUGAGAGAGACACUCCAAGCCACACUGAGACAGGCUGUUGGGCACCUUUCCUCUCCUGCAGAUCAUGUAAUCCGCUGUGUUGCACUCCACUCUGUAUUGUUGCAGAGACAAAGUUACAGGGAGCAAGGACAGGGACAUGUCUACAGCUGGACCCAGGAGGACCUGUUUGCUGUGCUUGAUGCCCAAGAAAAAAUUAAAGGGUUGUGUGACAAUACAGGAAAGGCACUGGAGUACAUAGCAGGCUCUCUGGUGUACGGUGGACACGUAGAGGACAAUGGAGAUCUGGAAGCCCUGCAAGCAGUGGCCAGCACCUGCCUAAGACUCCCAGCCCCUUUGUGGAGGAGUGGGCCCCAUGUCCUCACAGACAUCAUUGGAGGCAGUGGGCAUUGUGGUAUCUCACCUGUUGGUUCUGUACUGAGGAGUGUGGAGCACAGGAUCCAGCAGCUCCCCUCUCCUGUUGACCCACUGUGUCUGGGGUUCAGCGCAGGGCUGGCGGGGGUUCUCAUCAGUGAAAGGAGCAGGACCCUUGAACAGCUCUUGCUGGCAACACAGACCCCCAGUGUUAAACAAGUCAGCAAAUCAGUAACUCCAGACCUUGGAAACUGUGAGAAGAAACUGCAGGCACUGCGAGAGGCACUGAACUGGAGAGAAGGCAGAAAGGAUAGAGAGGAAAGUGGUCCAAUGCAUGAGUUCUUAGAGCAGGAGUGGAAAGGAUUGAUCACUCUGAUAUCCUCCCUUCUGACAGACCUGACUAGAUCAAGGAGCCACAGCAACAUCAACAACAACAAAGACCCAUCUCAGCCCCCCCUGCAGUUGCUGUGCCAGCUGGAGUCCCGUCUGGAGUUACUGAGGUUGUACUUGUUUGGUGUGCCACCUACUGUAGUCUACAAUUUAUCUGCCUUUGAGAACCCCAAGGGAUUCCUGGUAGCCUUGCUGCAGGAGAGUGCACUAGCCGAGCAGAGAAACCUCAGUGAAUACAAAUUGCAUUACCAGGUCCUGAGAACCAGCACCAUCCCUUCUUCUCCCCCUCAAACUGGCGCCUAUCUGACAGGCAUGGAGCUGCACAACGCAUUGUGGGAUACACGACUAGGGGCUAUCCAGGAGACACUUUCAGCCCAGCCCUGCCAUCUGCCAAUUGUGUGGAUCAGAGGGAGAGCAGAUGGUCCGAAGAGGAUACAUGAUUCAUCCAUUUUUCCACUCUACCUCUGUCCUGUCUACCUGGGAACGGCCAAAGAAAAAAUCAGUUUGAGGGACAGUAAUGUCAUUACUUACAUUCCCCUGGUGGCAAAACUUGACCCUGUGCUAUGUAAACUGAGGCGAGUGUGUGUCGUCAGUGUGAUGUGAUCAAUAAUGUAAAAACUAAAUAAAUUCUUAUGCGUUAUGAAAAAUGUAAACCUGAAACUACAGUAAAAUUCAUGUAGGAUAUAUAGGUCUGUUUUUGUGGAGCUCAUAAAAGGGACUUUCGGUUCAGAAACAAUCUGCACAAGCUGUUAAGAUAAUGAAUGUGUGUAAUGGUUUAAUUCUUGCACUCUUAGGUUACACAUUUUUCCUAAACGAGCUCAAGAUCGCGAGGAAACAAUUGCACAAUAAAACAUGCAACUUAUAUCUUUUAUACAUUAUCAAAGAUUUGUGAAUAAAAUGCAGUACAAAAUUAGGAAAAGAACAAUAUAAAGAUAGCAUAAGUCAGCACAUUAACCCUUUGCAGUCCAUUUAUUCAGAGCCUGUCAGGCAUGUCAGGUCCAAUUUAUUUUCACACGCGCCA